AUGGGCAGCAGAGUUCUUGACGAAGAAGGUUUUCUAGGAAGAUUUCCCCCUCCAGUCUCUUAUGAUGAAGACGGAAUUGCCAAUGUACUUGCUAUGUGCGAGAUGAUUACUGCAGGAUACCGCAAUACUAUGGAUACUGAUGUUGACAAUGCCUUUGUUGUGCAUUGUGAUGGAGAUAGUGAGAUGCAAUUUGUUAAUCGGAAGGGUGUGUAUGUGUUGGAGCAACUUCGUGCAAAUGUUGAACCAGAUGCCAAGGAGACAAGUGCAAUGUACCGUCGCCAGUUACGCAACUUUAAAAAUCAACCCCGUUUCAAACUUUCUUCAAACAAACAGAAUGGAUAUGCUGGACUCCAAAUGACCUCAAAGAUGGCAACUGUUCAAAAGAACAAGGAAGGAUUCAUUCCAGUGAUGGAAGCAAGAAGUGUAAUGCACAUACUCAAUGCUCCAAGCACCAAAAGUCUGAAGUAUGCAAUCCGUUCUGGUCUCAUCAAGAACUGUCCUAUCACUGAAGAAGCGAUCAAUCAUGCCAAAGCAAUCUUUGGACCUGACGCAUCUACAUUGAAAGGCAAGUCUACAAGACCAACUCCAAAGGAGACACACGAUGACUUCUUCAGUCCACCAGAGGAAUUGUAUCAAAAUAAUCGAUCAAUUACUGUUUGUAUUGAUCACAUGGAGAUCGGAGAUGCUAAGUUUCUCACCUGCAUUGAUACCACUGUGUAUUAUUGCUCAUGUAUUCCCGUGCAGAACCUGAAGACUGACCCUGUAUUUGAAGCAUUGGAUAAGAUAUUCCGCUGCUACAACAAGGCAGGCUUUCAAGUCCAGACAAUCAAGUGUGAUUGGGCAUUCAUUCCUCUAACGGAUGAUAUGCUAGACAAUAUGGGUGUUACUAUUGACCCAACUGCAGCUGGAGACAACAAGCCUACAGCUGAGCAAAACAACAGGACGCUGAUAGUAAUAACCGGGACAUUAAUUGUUAAUAUGCUACCCUGUGGGCAUUCAAUUGCCGGUGAAUUAUGCGGCUGUAAGGUCAAGUACUGUGAAGCGGUGAGUCAACAACAAGUUUGGACCAUGUGA